CAUAAGGUUGCCGAUCGUUGCCUUUCCCUCAUCUCAGUUUCCGGAUCUCCAGUCAGUCUGCUUAACGGAUCGCAGUUUGGUGCUUGUGAAGUCUUGAAGCCGGAAUUGAAGCUCUACCAUGUCUUCAGGCAGGAAAGGAGACGGCGAGGAGCAGUUCAUACUCCAGUACUGACACCACCAAGAGAAACAGGUCACGCUUUCGUCUAAGGAGAAUGAACAGCUUUGACUGCAGUUAUGAAGACAUCGAAGUGAGGGAGGAGCGGAGCCCGAGGGAGCUGUCUGUGGAGGGAAGACUGCGAGCACGUCACUUCCACUCCUACUCUUCCUCCUCCUCCUCGGCCUCAUUGCUGCCGGGACAAAAGUUUCUUCGUUUUUCGGACGAGUGCUGGUGUGGGCCAAUGAUAGAACACUGUGCUGUGAUUCUGUCUAAAUCAAGACAAAGACAACGCUUCGGUCUAAGAAGCAGCAGCAGUAGCAGUAGCAGUAGCAGCAACAGCAGUAGCAGCAGUGACAGCAGCAGCAGUAGUAAUACUAACUGUAGUAUUACUAGCUGCACCAGUACCAACUGUUGCUACAGUGGUGCCACGAGCACAGAAAGACUCAUAGACUGGCAGCGACAACCGUCUGAAAAAGUGAAACACAGGUCGAGCACCAGCCAGAGUCCCAGCCCGCGCCACACAGGAGCCAAGACCAGGCGCUCUGGCCGCAGCUUGUCAUUGGCAGAGAGAAGACGACAACUCUGUUCCUCUGCCAGCCUCCCACAAUCUACGGACACGGACUGCACUCCCUCCACUACCACCUCACCCACCUCCACCACCACCUCCACCAACGUGUGUCUAGAGAGACGAAGGCGGAGGUCACAGUUCCGGAGAGCGUGGUCGCUGUUCUCUCUAACCUGUGACAAGGACAUGGAGCGAGAGAGACGGGAAAAAUCACCUCAACAAAAGAUCCUCAGACCGCCAACCCGCCACUACUACCGCAGGGGAGCGUCGGGGCUGCCCAUCGAGUGUUCAUCUACCUACCUUGGUCUUGCUUACUGAAAUAAAAGCACCUAUCAGGAGGCAGAAUUGGUGUAUCAGGAAUUAUAACAAACAAUGGAACCGUGAUGUACAUAAACGUGCCAGAAAAAAAAAUGCUUUAGAGUUGAGUUUGUGGUCAUAUUCGGUGCUGCUGUUACAAGACGGUAACUGAUGAAGCAAACGUUCAGAUGCUGUCUGUA